CAGUGCUUUCUCUACCAUGAGCAAAGUCGCACCAUGGGCCUCAUGGGCAGAGUUUCAUGCCGUCUAUCUGCAGCUGACCUCAUCGUCCCCCUCUGAGCGGGCACAAGGAGUGAAGCGCGUGGAGACCUGGAGAACACGAUGCCGUUUGCCUGUGGCAGUGGACAUUACAGCAAGCUUCGUGGAGAUCAUGCUGAACGACGCAUACCUCAACCCAGAUACAGAGGCUCCGCGAGCAGACAACGAGUUGAGGCUGAUGUACGCAAUGGCUGUUAUCCGGCUCGUGAACGGAAUCGUGGACAGAACGCGCCAACGGAAGUCCAGCAUUCUAGAGCGUGCACAAGGACUUGAAUGGCCACAGUUCUUCGUUGACCUACGACAUGAAGCUUCUCACCAGAAUUUGCCUUCCCUGCCGAUUCUGCGGUUGGCAGCCCAGGAAGCAGUGUGGUUGCUUGUGGAACGCUUUUGGCGUCCGCAGCUACAGCAAAUAGAAGAAAGAGGUGCGGCAAAGACACAACGGAUGGAACGAGUGAGAGGUUCAAGGACUUUGGAUCGAAGACUCAAGGCAUUGAUCUCUUCGAUCACUGCAGCCGGAAGCACACUUACUCAUCGAGCACCGAAGAAAAGGAAACGUGCAAAGUUGACUGAAACUCUGCGAGAAGAGGAGCCAGAGGACCACGCUGAGAUGAAGGCAGAACAUGCCUCCGCGCUUGUGCAUGAGACAGCAAAGGAGCUGUCAUCCCUGGCUCCUGACGAAGGGCGCCUGUUGGCACGACUCUUUGACACAGUCAUGAAGAAGGACCCACAUCCUGACCAACGAGAAGCGAAAGCUUUGCAACUUCUUUGUGAGACAUGUUCUGAGAACUUUGCUCUUCGCUUCAUGCGGGAAGUUCUCUUCAGAGCAGUUGGGCUCCAAACACCGAACCGGGACGUUGCACCUGACAAUUGCCCUAGCUUGAGGAACAUUUGUGAUCGAUUUGACUCUGAGCCGGGUUUGGACAUGGAGGAGGCUUCUCCUGAAGAAUCUGAGAAGAUGAUGCUUUGGCUGUGGUCUUUGCUCUCAUUGCCACAGCCAGAAGAUGCACAAAGAAGCAGGCUGCAGCAGGCGUUGCGCAGCCUCCUACCUGCUUUGCGGCAUCGGAUGCUCAAGCAGAUGGCCGGAAACUCUGAGAUGGCAUCCCGUGCCUCCACGCUCUGGCGGGCGCUCCAAAGUGAGAGCAUUGAUGAUGGAGCAGGGCUGUUUGCCUCUCUGUGUGAGGUGCUGGAUAGUGCUGAUAGUCAGCAGGAGGGAAAGGAGCACCCUCGUGAAGGACUUUUGAAGAUGGAAGACGCGCUGAGAAGGAUUCAGAACAAAGAAUCUGAGCCUGGGCAGCAUCCAGCAGACUCAUGGACGGCAGUCGGUACACUCCUGGAUCUAGACACAUUGAAUGUUGUUUGUCGCCAGGAGCACAGUGACGAAGUUCGUCUUCCGCCUAUGGCCAUGCAGACCUGGCUUGAUUGGGCAGCGACCGAUUGUUGGUUGCCAAGCGGGGACAUUUCGAGAUCAUUCCAAAUAUUCCAAAGUUGCUGGCUUGCUGCUUUUGAAGCCACACUCCUUCAGAGUCAGAUCAGCCGUGCUAUCCUGAUCUCCUUGACUUCUCGUCUCAAGCACCUCCUGCUGAUGGAAAUGGUGGCACACUUUUCUCGGAAACUCUAGAUUCGAUCGUUGAAGCCGGCACCGGUGAGGUGAAGGCAGAUACUGUCGAGCCCAAGAAAACUGAGACCUGCGAUUCUGCACCGAUCUUUGAGAGCGAAGGGUCAUCCAAAGAGGUCAGAGAUGCCAUCACCAAAGAGCGUUUCCAGCUAUUGGCCCAAGAGUUGAUGGAGCAAGUCACAGCAAGUGCUGACAGCAAGUGCUGACAGCAAGUGCCGACAGCAAGUGUUGACAGCAAGUGCCGACAGCAAGUGCCGACAGCAAAGCCUGGGCUUUCUGAGGCUCCGCCCAAUUCUAACACGGGCCCAGUUGCUUGACCAGUGCUUCGGUUCAACAUUCAAAAACCAAGAAUUUGCUGCACAAGUGCGGAUGUAUGCAGGGUGGGCGGAUCUGCACAACAUCUAUACUAAUAAUUGCCGUUUGGCUUACUUGCAAACUUGAUAUCAAGAGCUGC